ACACACACACACACACACACACACACACACACACAUUCUCUCUCUCACACACACAUACACAGAGAGAGAAGCACGCUGAAGGAGAGCAGCACGCUUUGCGCACGGACGGAGGAAUGAUCCGCUUCCAUUAGACUAUUAUGGCACCGUCUGGCCCGAGGAGCAUCAAGAGGGGCUGUCAGAGAGUUCUGUACUGGAUCCCGGUCCUGUUCAUCGCCCUCAUAGUGGCCUGGUCCUACUACGCGUUUGUUCUGCAGCUCUGCAUAGAAUCCAUCGAAGACACCGGAGAAAAGGUGGUGUACCUGCUGGCAUACCAUGUUAUUUUCAUUAUGUUUGUGUGGGCAUACUGGCAAACCAUCUUCACCAAGCCUCUGAACCCGCUGAAGGAG